GCGUUGCCCGGGGCGGGUCCCGGAGCCCAUUGGCGCCACGUGUCGCUGCAAUGGCGGCGUCCGGCCGGGCUGGCUCGCCGGGGCAGUGGCGGCAGGACUCGCGGUGACAGAUGUAUUUGAAGAGGCCGGCGGCCGGCCUGGCCUUCUGCCUCUUCUACCUGGCCUCUUGCUUCACCAACAAGUAUGUCCUGUCUGUCCUGAAAUUCACCUACCCUACCCUUUUCCAAGGGUGGCAGACAUUAGUGGGUGGACUUCUGCUUCACAUCUGCUGGAAGCUGGGCUGGGUGGAGAUAAACUUGUGUUCAAGGUCUGAGAUCCUGUCCUGGCUUCCUGCUUCAGUGCUCUUUGUUGGUGUUAUCUAUGCUGGCUCUAGGGCACUGUCUAGAUUGCCCAUCCCGGUGUUCCUCACCCUGCACAGCGCAGCAGAAGCUAUAACCUGCGGGGUCCAGAAGCUUGUGCAGAAAGAGCAGCAGACCUCUCACCUGCAAGUCUGUAGCGUGCUGCUCCUGCUGGCAGCAGCGGUGUGCCUUCCCUGCUGUGACACACAGUUUGAUCCAAAUGGUUAUUUCUGGGCCCUGAUUCACUUGAUCUGUGUGGGGGCUUACAAAGUGUUUCACAAGUUAUGGAAGCCCAGCUCUUUAAGUGACCUGGACCAACAGUACCUCAACUAUGCAUGCAGUGUGGUGCUGUUGGCCUCUGCAUCCCAUCCAGCAGGUGAUCUCUUCAGUGCCUUGGACUUUCCAUUCCUGUACUUCUACAGGUUUCAUGGCAGCUGCUGUGCCAGUGGGCUGCUGGGAUUCUUUCUGAUGUUGCACACAGUGAAGCUAAAAAGCAGCACAACCUCAGGGCAAUAUGCAGCGUGGAGUUUCCUUGCCAAGGUCAUCACUGCUGCCUUAUCACCCUUCUUUUUUGUCAUGACUGCCAAUGUUCUAACCAUUGCUUGCCUUGUGAUGAGUGGAGUGGGAGAAGCUUUGCUGGUUUACACUGAGAGGACAGGCACCUAAAGAGGAACCAGCUCCCACCAGCUGGCACAGAGCUGCCUUGCUGCCUGGGCACUGCCUGAGGAAGACACCAGGGCAGCAGGAAUGAAGAAGUGCAACCACACAGGAGGGAAGAGACCUCCUGGACUUUGUCAAGAGAGCAAACCCAAUGCUAUUAAUGGUGCUGGCAAGUGUGGGGCUGACAGGCUGGGUGGGAGCCUUCGCCUCAGAGCACAGGGAUGGAUGUGGCAGAGGGGAAA